GCAAACAUGCUCGCGUGGACCCACAGCAAACGGCACUGGACGAUGCGGACAUGCCCCGAUUUGCGGAACCCAUUGCCAAUGUGACCGUCUCCAUUGGCCGCGAUGCACUGCUCGCCUGUGUCGUUGAGAAUCUAAAGGGCUAUAAAGUGGCCUGGGUGCGCGUCGAUACCCAGACAAUACUCUCCAUACAUCACAACGUGAUAUCACAAAAUAAUCGCAUCAGUUUGACCUACAAUGAUCAUCGAUCGUGGUAUUUGCAUAUCAAGGAGGUGGAGGAAACAGAUCGCGGCUGGUACAUGUGCCAGGUGAAUACUGAUCCGAUGCGUUCGAGGAAGGGCUACCUGCAGGUGGUGGUGCCACCCAUGAUAGUCGAGGGCAUGACCAGCAAUGACAUGGUCGUCCGGGAGGGGCAGAAUGUGUCGCUGAUGUGCAAGGCGCGCGGCUAUCCGGAGCCCUACGUCAUGUGGCGACGCGAGGACGGCGAGGAAAUGCUAAUUGGCGGAGAGCACGUCAAUGUCGUCGAUGGCGAGCUGCUGCACAUCACCAAAGUGAGUCGUCUCCACAUGGCGGCCUAUCUCUGCGUGGCAUCCAACGGUGUUCCGCCAUCGAUUAGCAAGCGCGUCCAUUUGCGAGUUCAAUUUCCGCCCAUGCUGUCCAUACCAAAUCAGCUAGAAGGCGCCUAUUUGGGCCAGGACGUCAUGCUGGAGUGCCACACUGAGGCAUAUCCGGCCUCUAUUAACUACUGGACGACGGAACGAGGCGACAUGAUAAUAUCAGGUAAAUGUUAAAUGCCAGCCAGCUUUUUAAGCUCUACUUACUGGCAACGUUGUGUGGUUGACUCUAUGUGUAUAUACUCUGUGCAGAAGUGUGUAUGGUUGUGUAGGCAUAUGUGAAAUAACUCCAAUCUUGACCAAAAGCGGGGGGCCUUUGCAUUGUAGCCCGGUUUAUUAUGUGGACGAGCGUUUGUAAAUGAGCUUAAAAUGUAAUCAACAUGCUGUGCGGCCAAGGCCAGAAUAUUGCGCCUGAAAAUUGUCAUGUAAAAUGGCAAAAAUUAAAACUCGCAUCACGGCGUAAGCCCAAAAAAUAAGUUAAGCCGCUGACGUUGCCACACACAGUCAGUGCCACUGCCACUGCAACUGCCACUGCCAUUGCCAGAGGCAACUGAGGCAGAGGCAACUGCAACUGCAACUGCAACUGAAAUGAAAACAAAUGAAAAUCCAUUGGCAAACAAUGACGUGGGGUGCUGCUCCUGCUGCUCCUGCUGUGGCGAUUUCUUUUUUGCAUUACUCAUACGCACUGAGUGACAGGCAUUCGAAAAACAUGCACAGCAACUGUUGAGCUGUUAAUGUCACAUUGUAGAGCUUUAAAAGUGAUUGUCUGCAUCGCUGCUAUGCUUGACAGCUGACGGCGCCUGCAGCUCUAAGAAUCCAGCCAGAAAGCGCAUUUAAAGGCGAAAGGGCCA